AUGGGUGAAAGACUUUGUUUGGUGAGUUUCUUCAUCUCUCAGAGUAAGCAAACUAACAGACUGGUAAAAAUGAGAUCAAUUCUUGCUAUUUUUUGUGUUUGGAUAUGCUUUGGCGUUGAUGCAUCGACACCGAAUGGUUGCUCUAAGAUCCCAGAGGUAGAGAAUGCAGAAGUUUCUCAAAGCUCAAGGAAGGACAACUACACUGAUGGUGAUAAACUUGAAUACAAUUGCAAAACUGGCUAUGCAUCUCUGCUAAAAAUCACCUUCAAAUGUACGGAUAAUAAGUGGACUAAAUUGCGUGAUGGAAAAUGUUCACUCAAACGCUGUGAGCUGCCUGAAGAUAUUCCAAAUGGUCGAUACAUUAUUGUCAGUGGUAGGAACUUUGUUUUUGGAACAACCAUCAAGUAUAUCUGCAAAGAUGACUACCAGAUGGUGAGUCGAUUUGACACCAGAACAUGUCGGGAGGGUGGAUGGGACAAUCAAUUACCUGCAUGUGAAGAGGUAUCAUGUGUCCCUGACAACACAGAGGAAAAUGUCAGAGUUGAGGGGCUCCCUGAUAAUGAGGGUUUAAUCAGAUAUGGACACAGAUUGACAUUUUCAUGUAUUGAUUAUGGAUGGGUUUUACAAGGACCAAAAGAAAUCACCUGCCAGUUGAAUGGGCAAUGGAGCGGCCCAUUUCCUAAAUGCGAAGGGGCAACAUGUCCUCUAAACACAACAGUGGAAGAUGUAAAAAUGGAGCGAAGCCCUGAUAUUGUGGGUCCCAUCAAACCUAGACACAAGUUAAUAUUUUCAUGCAAUGGACAAGGGCUGAAAUUAAAAGGAGCGAGAGAAAUCACCUGUCUGACAAAUGGAGAAUGGAGCAGCCCUUUUCCUAAAUGUGAAGAAGUUACAUGUGAGGGUGAACAGCUCCUCAAUGUUGACGUUUUAAUGGGACAUCCAGGUAUUGUUUCACCUUAUAAACCUGGACAUAUCUUAGUUUUCCGAUGCACAGAUGUGAACCUGAAGAUGUACGGCCAACGAGCAAUUGAAUGCCUGUCAAAUGGAAAAUGGGAUAACCCAUAUCCAAAAUGUGGAGAGGUAUCAUGUGUCCCAAACAACACAGAGGAAAAUGUCAGAGUCGAGGGGCUCCCUGAUAAUGAGGGUUUAAUCAGAUAUGGACACAGAUUGACAUUUUCAUGUAUUGAUUAUGGAUGGGUUUUACAAGGACCAAAAGAAAUCACCUGCCAGUCGAAUGGGCAAUGGAGCGGCCCAUUUCCUAAAUGUGUAGAGGCAACAUGUCCUCUAAACACAACAGUGGAAGAUGUAAAAAUGGAGCGAAUCCCUGAUAUUGUGGGUCCCGUCAAACCUAGACACAAGUUAAUAAUUUCAUGCAAUGGACAAGGGCUGAAAUUAAAAGGAGUGAGAGAAAUCACCUGUCUGACAAAUGGAGAAUGGAGCAGCCCUUUUCCUAAAUGUGAAGAGGUAAUGUGUGUUGCAAACCUGACAGUGAACAUGAGAUCAGACGAACACCCAGGGCCUGAGAUUUCAGUUAGAUCUGGAGACACAAUAACUCUUUCAUGUGUUGGGAAUGGAGUGAAAUUACAAGGACAUAGAAAAAUCACCUGCUUGUCAGAUGGACAAUGGGACGUCCCAUUCCCUAAAUGUAUAGGAGGGAAAUGUGGGCCACCACCGCAUGUGAACUUUGCAGAUACAACAGAAAUGACAAAAAAGGAAUACAAUUCAGGGGAGAGAGUUGAAUACACCUGCUUUAAUAAAUACAUACUGGUUCAGCGUUACCCCUACUCCAAAUACUUGACCUGUGAAGAUGGAGAAUGGAGAGGGAAUAUUAAGUGCUUAAAGCCCUGUUCAGUGUCUCUGGAGUUAAUGGAUGAACGAGGUAUACAGCUGCGAUGGGGUGAACAGCGAAAGAUAUUCUCACCACAUGGGGAUAGAAUCCAAUUUAGGUGUCAGAGUGGCAAAUCAUCAAUAGGCAGUGACCUAACACAAACAUGUAAUGAUGGAGUGAUGAAUUUGCCUCUGUGUGAGUGAAAAGGAGAAUAAAACAUCACUGAUGCAUACAGCUGUACUAAUAAGCAAAAAGAAAUGAUCAAAAUUAACCUUUUUUCCCAAUUCAGUUUCAUCUGUUUGUGAUUUCUUGCAAUAAAAAUACUAAGCAUGUUUAUGAUGUGCAUGUAUGAAAAAAAAUAUUAGCCUAACCCUUUCAAUCCUUAAUUUUUUUGCUAUAUAAGUCAAUGCAUGUAUUUUACUCAUUAAACAACCCAAAAAAAAACUUUUAUAACAUUCAUAAUGUGAAUUAAUCAGUUACUAAUUUAUCUUUUAUAGACUCAAACAAAA